AAAAAGAGAAGGUAGAAAGAAGAGUUAACUUUUAUUUUUACCGCGGUUUGUUUAUGUAGUGCCGUGAAGUACGGGAUUCCUUUUUUUUUCAAUACUCUUGGCCAAAGACGGCUACUUUCGAUAGUGGACCAAGACCGACUAUUAAACCGGAUCCGAUGACGAUAUCCGUAGAAACCUAUGGUGUGAAAUUCAAACAUUCAUCUCUUUAUUGGAACAGCACCUUCCAAUGUCGUAACCUUCCCAGAGAAGCGGAACAGCAUCAGCUAGACGUCUUUUCGGAUGAGUCCACUUACUUGGUUUAUUUUGGCCACAGGAAGGAUUUUCCCUACAUGUUUUAUCUUAGGAGAAACCGUGCUAUACCUCGAUUCUUGGUCCGAAGUCCCUUGCUGCUGAUGGAAAAACCGUUCAAAUCAACCAUAAAUGGCAGUAGUACUGGUGGUACUAAAGUAAAAGUAAUUAAAUGUUGCUACAGUGACGGCCGCCAAAUAUUAGGCAAGUACCUACUAAUUUUAAAAGAACUCUCAAACUUCAAAAUUCAUUUGUUAAAAAUCAAAUUCGCACAGUGA